AAAGAUUAUGAAUAUUACACUAUAAUACAAAAAUCUCAAAAUAUGACAUAAUCAUAUAGGACACAGUAAGAUAGCAUAUACAAAUAGCCUAUGUUGGGAAUAUGGCUAAAUAUACCAUUACUAUUUACAAAACUAGCUGUAGUUGGAGUUAUUUUCUCCAGGUCCCAUCAAGCCCUGCAGUCUCAUAGCUCAUUUAUAAAAUAAACACAGAGACGCUUAUAUUGUCUACAAAUUGUAUGGCCAUGGCAGGCUUUUUGUUAUCUAGUUUUUAUAUCUUAAAUUAACCCAUGUUUAUUAGUCUAUACGUUGCCACAUGGCUUGUGGCUUAUCGAUAUCUUAACAUCUUCUCAUGGCGGUGGCUGACAGCGUCUCUCUACUUCAGCCUUUCAUUUUCUAGAAUUCUCCUCUCUCCUUGUCCCAUCUACACUUUUUGUCUGAUACUGGCCAAUCAGUGUUUUAUUUGUUAACCAAUCAGAGCAACACAUUGAACAUAAAGAACAUCCCACAGCAAGUAGAAUCUUGUUUAUGUCGUAUUUGUACACACACACACAAACACACACACACACACACACACACACACACACACACACACACACAUAUAUAUAUAUAUGAGAAAUAUAUUUAUUGGAAUGGUUUAACUCAAGAAUCUAUCACUGCAGUAGAGGAAAUGACAUGACAUAUCUGAAACUGUCAGCAGCAAGCUGCAAUCCACAGCACAGAAUCACAAUCAGCCAGUAGCAGGCAGAAAGGGAGGGUUGCUUGUAUGUAGCCAGGAAUUAGGCCCACGCAACUGAUACAUGAUUACUUCCUAGUUGUCACAGGCUGGUUUUUUUUUGUUGUUGUUUUUUGUUUGUUUGCUCGUUUGUUGUUUUUUCUGAUAAUUGGAGGCAGAGACCAGAGUAAAUUGCAUGUUUUUUCUAUUGAGCACUUUCAAUUUCACUGCUUCAGUGCCAGCACACGGACAUUUAAGUGGGAGUGAGGGAGAAAUGAAUCAGCAUCUCUGAUGCGAAUCUCCAAGGUUACCACAGGAUUUGCCUCCUUUGGUGGAACUGAGAUCAUUGUCCUUAUUGGUUCUUAUCCUGGGCUCAAUUUGAGUGCACACAGUACUUCAAUCAGUGGCAAGGAGUGCUAAUAAGAGUGUCCAAGGUCUGUCUUCUUACUAGUCAGGCUCAGUCUAUAGUCCAGGACACAGUUGGUGCUGGGUAUAACCAAAGCUUGACUCUAUAUUGGCCCAGAAAUGACAUAUUGCUCCUGACAUCUACAGGAGACAGAGCCCAUUCAGUUUAGCAAGGUCAGGAUUGUUUGAUUCCCAGGAUCACAGCUUUGAGUUCCCUGAUCCUGUCACCUGUGCAGCGAGUGGGAUCCUGCUUCUGAAGCUACAACUUCUCUUUAAAGAUGUGCCAUCCCAGUCUCAGUCGAAAAGUGCUACAGUAUAAACAAGGAAGAUCAUCCAAUUCAGGCUUUAUUAACUGGGGCAGGAAAAGAGAGUUCUGCUCUUUCCAAUGGCAGGGAUAUCCACUGUGGGAAUAGCUAUGGUACUGUCACUUUUUUUCCAGUUAAAUAGAGUCAUUGAAAGUAUCAAGCAAUAACUCUUCCAGACACUAGCCUUUCUGUCACUAGAGUCUCUGGGUGGACAAUAAAGAAGAGCACAUGAAAUGUACUCGUUAUAAUCCUUUGGCCAUUUAGGGACUCAGAGUUACAACUUUUGAAUGUUGGUGGGCAUUGUCAAUUCCUUUUGACACAUACGAAAUCUUGGUCAUGACUUUUUUUCCUGGUCAGCCCAUUCUUUUCUAUGACAUCAUGCAAGGCAUGAACUUUGUUGGAAAUCAGUUAUUGAUUUCUAGUGACAGUCAGGUAUUCCUCUGCGACAUUGUUCCCUUGAAAGUUAUUAAGACCCCAGAUUUUUCCUUCUUGUAUUUGGUAUUUUCAUAUGUUUAGUACCUGUGAACUCCUUAUCUUGUGUCUGAAAACUCACAUUCUGAAUUUCUCUGACAGAGAGGAUAGUUGAGAUUAUGAAACAUGGUCAUUAAGGAAUGAUCCCCCAGCUCUGAAUCUUUUAGAAUAUUUUUGGUACUUUUCAACACAGAUACAGGAGGCUUUUGUUCAGUGUAGCUAGAGUUUUCCUGCCUGGCCCACAGUCAGGACAAAUCUCUGACACCCGCCAGUUCCACAGCUACUCAGACCCAACCAAAUAAACACAGAGACUUAUGUUGGUUACAAACUGUAUGGCCGUGGCAGGCUGCUUGCUAACUGUUCUUACAGCUUAAAUUAAUCCAUUUCUAUUAAUUUAUACCUUGCCACGUGGCUUGUGGCUUACUGGUACUUUACAUCUUCCUUGUCCUGAUGGCAGCUGGCAGUGUCUCCCUCACCCAGCUCCCUGUUCUCUCAAUUCUCCUCUCUGUUAGUCCCGCCUAUACUUCCUGCCUGGCCACUGACCAAUCAGUGAUUUAUUCAUUGACCAAUCAGCAACACAUUUGAUAUACAGACCAUCCCACAGCAGUUCAGCUAUAUAAAAAAGAAAUUAAACAUCAUAGCAUAGUUAUCCAAAGCCGGUAAGGGUCUAUAUAAAGAGUCUCUUGCAUAUCAUUUUGUUAAUUCCCUAUUAAUACGAGACGAAGUUUCUCUGAUGAGGGUCAUGAUUUACCAGAUCUAUCAGGUUUUCACUUUGUAUUCAGGACUCACUUUAUUUCAAUUUGACUACAGUGGAAUGAGAGAAUAAUUUUUAUAGUUCUCAGACAAUUUUAGCCUCAGGUUCUUGGUACAUUUAUGAGUGUAGAGCAUUUAUUCACCUCAUGGAAUGAAUCAUAAUCCUUGCAAGUAAUUGAUUACUCCUAUUAUAAAUAGACCACUAUGACAAAAGAGGGAAAAAGGAGAUGACUAUAAAUGCUAUUUUGUGGCAUGUAGCUCAUGAACAUGUGACAUUUUGAUCUCCCUGGAGUUAUAUCAGAGUAGUUUGGUUUUUUUUUAUUCCUAUUCCAUGUAGUCAUACCCACUGAAGCUUCUUAUGAGGUACCCUGUGGAUAUCUGUUUGAUGAUGAACUAAGUAUGUAGGAUCUUCAAUAAUAUCUUAUCACCUUGCAAGUAAUUGAUUACUCCUAUUAUAAAUAGGCACUAUGGCAAAAGUAGGAAAAGAGCAGACUUCUCUACAUGUGCUGUAUUUUGGCAUGUAGCUAAUGAAUAUGAGACAUUUUGAUCUUGCUGGAGUUAUUUUGAUUCCUAUCACAUGUAGUCACUCCCAUUGAAGCUUCUAAUGAGGUGCCAUUGGAUAUCAGCUCUGUGAUGAAUAAAGUAUGUAGGAAAUUCAAUAACAGUUUAUCACCAUCAUAUUAGGAGGUAUAACCCUGGUUUGGAAAUGGUUGUGAAUCAAUAGGGGGAGAUUAUGGGAGGCCCCUUGGCCAAGAAGAUAACCAAAUAACUCUUUACUGACACCUGAGAGAAAACUCUGAUUCCCUUUCUUGGUCUAAGAUGUGCAGUUGUCACAAUAUCUCCAUGGUAUGUUUUUAACAGUAUCAAUUACAUUCAUGUAUGUAUAAAUGGUUUUGUAUGUGCAUGUAUAUGUGCCUCCUUCUGACACACAUUUCGAGGUAGAAAUAUAUAUGUAUGUAUCAAAAUACAUAUGCAUACAUGUGUAUGCAUCUUUGAUGUAGAUGAGCAAAUCUCACAUGUGUACUGUAUUUAUACAAUUCCACUCUUCUAUAUUAUUCCUCCUGCAGUACCAUGUCUGCUCCAGGAUAUUCCAAAAGAAAUACUACUUCUUAGUGAAUUUAUAUUUUUUCAUACAUGCACAAAUACAGUCAGAACUAGAUGAUGCAUGGUAGAGAAUGUGGAGAUAAUUAAUGAAUAUUUUUAUUUUUGACCUUUGAAAUUGAAAGGCCUCACAAUGUCAUUUUUAAAUAACCUGUAUCUAUCUAUCUUAGCAUCCAACUUUUCUUCUUACCUUUUCGGCUUAGUGUGUCAAGCCUAGAGAAUUUCCACUACACACUGACAUGCAGAUGUGUGUUGUCAUGCUGCUACCCUUGAUUGGGUAUUUCUUUACUUUGGAUUAUAUUUUUGGUUGAUAUUCAUAUUUUCUAAACAUUGGGCUUUGAAAUUUGGUAUCCUUCUUAGAAGACAAUUUUUCCACAGGAGGAAUCCUGUUCCUUAGGAUGUUAAAUUACAUCUUAGCAUUGAGUACCACACUUUCUUUGCCCAGAAAACAUGUUGAGUUGUGUGGAUUUAUCUGGUGGCUGUAGACAUGACAUUGUAAGUACAUAGCAAUAUGUCCAGGUAUGGAAUUUUGUACUAAUGCUGUAAAAUGAUGUCUUUUUGGGGAUUUAAAACUAAAGUUGCCUGUGGAUAUAAGGAUAUAUAGAAAACUGUUCGAAAUGACAUGCCUUCAGAGACGUUGCCAAAGAAGGAGUGCCUCUGGGUUCACUAAUUCUUAGACUUUAUGUAUCAGACCAGGUUAAUGCAUUGGGAAUUAGUUUUCCUCAUUUAAGUGGUAUGUGAUUCUUUUAAUAAAAAAUAAAUGAAAUAUUCAGUCAUGUCUGCGGGAAACAAGGAUAUAAUGCCCUAGGAUAUUCUAAGUCCUGAUAAGCUUUAUAUUUAAAUGCGGUGGUACAAUCAUCAGUUGUGUUAGCUGUGAUUUUGAUAUGAACAGUCCAUCAUGAUGAUGAUGAGUAAAAUAAUAACUAUACUAAUGGUCCAGGGGACUAUUUCUAAGCACAUAACAAUGUAAAAAUUACUUUUGAAAAAACCCAGAUUUUCAUCUGACAAGAGGCAAGAUGGCGACAGGUGGCAGAGCCGCGGAGGAUCUGCAGCGGGGCCGGCUGCAGAUGCCGCUCCCCGCGCAGCCUAUGGCCCAGGCUGAGGAAGCCCAGGGCACAGGAGAGAAGAUGGGCUGGGCGCAGGUAGUAAAGAACCUGGCGGAGAAGAAGCACGACUUCCGCGAGCAGUGGCGGGCAGAAGAGAGGGGCAGAGGUGCAGGCGGCAGGCUGGGCAGCCCCGCGGGCCUGGCCGCUCCGAACCCCGGCAACUUCCCACCUGCCGGCCGCGGGGACCCAAGGGGCUGCGGGAGAGACCCUGCGGGCUACGCGGCAGAAGCUUGCAGGAUGAAGGGAGCUGGAGACGCGAAUCAGAGGAAGAUGGCCCAGGUGGCGGUGGCGGCGGCGGCCAUGGCGUCCCCUGCCAGGCCUGGCGCGACCAAAGACGCAACUGCAGGGCGCCCACUCCAGGAUGAGCCUCCAGCCGCCAGGCCGGGUAAGGGCCGCUUCCUUGUGCGCAUCUGUUUCCAGGGAGAAGAGAGUGCCUGUCCGACCCGGGAUUUCGUGGUGGGUGCGCUCAUCCUGCGCUCCAUCGGCAUGGACCCCGGGGACAUCUAUGCUGUCAUCCAGAUCCCCGGCAGCUGCGAGUUCGAUGUGAGCUUCAGAUCUGCAGACAAGCUUGCCCGGUUUCUCCGCAUCUAUGAGGAAAAGCGGGAGCUGGACGACUGCUGGGAGAACUUUGUGGUGUUGGGGCGGAGCAAGUCCAGCUUGAAGACCCUCUUCAUCCUCUUCCAGAAUGAGACCGUGAAUGUGGAGGACAUCGUGACCUGGCUCAAGCGCCACUGCGAUGUGCUGGCCUUGCCAAUGAAAGUGACUGACAGGUUUGGGAUCUGGACUGGGGAGUACAAGUGCGAGAUCGAGCUGCGCCAGGGGGAGGGCGGACUGAGGCACCUGCCUGGGGCCUUCUUCUUGGGAACAGAGAGGGGCUACAGUUGGUACAAGGGGCAGCCCAAGACCUGCUUCAAAUGUGGUUCUCAGAACCACAUGACUGGCACCUGCACGCAGGACAGGUGUUACAGGUGUGGGGAAGAGGGGCACAAGAGCCCUUACUGCAGGAAGGUCAUCAUGUGCAACCUCUGUGGCAAGAGAGGACACGUGUUUGCCCAGUGUCCCAAAGCAGCUCAAAAUUCCGUGGCAGAUCACCUCACAGGCGUGGCGGGGCGCUGAAUGUGUGCCUGCCUGCCGGGGUGAACACACAGCCAUGUUACCCUUCUUAAGUGCCAAAACUUUUUUUUUAAGACCAUUUUUCUCUUUUUCGACGGAGAUAUUUCUAAAACUUAACAGAGACAUUCUCUCUAUGCCUUUUAAAACCACGUGUGCUCCUUUUCAUCCUGUUUAAAAAGAACUAUUCAGAACUGUAGUGUGCAGAUGAGAUAUGUUGCCUGUCCCCCCCCCACCACCACCACCACCACCUUUUUUCUUCUGUUUUACAUUAGUUUUGGUACUUUCUUCAACACCCUGUCUGCCUCUGUAAAUUUACUAAGUCCCUCUUCAUCCACGUCUCAUCAGAAGAUGUUUGCCCUUCGGGCUGCCUUGCUCAUUUUUAUGCCCUGGGUACAGGGCCCAACGCGGGAUAGACAUUCAACCAAGUGUUUAUUGAAUUGAAAAUGUCGUCGACUAGCUCUGUCUAGAGUGCCUACCUUGUGCAGCUCUCCGCUGGGAUCUUUUCAUUUGUGGCUUCUAUGUGAUAUGAAAAUUUGUGAAAACCGUGUUGCUGGAAGUGUGUAAUCCGAAUAAGCUCUGAAAAGUGGCUAAGGCCCUCUGGAACCAUUUAAAACUAUCUCCUUUGUGACAGCUUAUUGUGACUCAGAAGCUUUAUAUCUGUAGGAUCGUGGAGCCUAGGCAAUUUUGCUGGGAAAGACCCAAGAGGUCGUUUUUGUUGCAUUUUCUUUGGGGGAGCUUGCUUCUGUUUUGUGUAUUGAUUUUGUGUAUUGAUUUUGUGUAUUGAUUCUCACUGUGUAGCCCUGACUGGUUUGGUACUGGCAGCAUACCUGGACCAGGCUGGCUUCAAACUGACAGUGAUCCUCUCACUUCUGCCUCCCUGAAGGAUGUUUUAAAUUAACUCCUUGGUUUUCCAGCAGAUGAAAUGAAUCCGAAGUUAAAUGACUGGGUCAAAGUAAACAGCGGUGUGGUGCCUCAGACUGUCCACAGUAGAGUCCACUGUCCCCAUGCCUGGUGCUCAUCCCACUACCUCUCACACUUCACAACAGUCUCCUCAACAAUGGUGGGCCAAGUAAGUCUCUCUCCAGGCUGAUGGUCCCAGCAUGAAGCUGAGACACCAUCCCCUGAAAGAACAGAAGGAGAAGCUUGUCUUGCCACUUCAUAUUAAGGGACCUAAGGAAAGGACCAGCGAACACACUCCAAGCUGCAUGCAUGCAUCAGUCCUUGGAGUGAGUACCACAUCUUAAAUGUUCCACUGUCAAUGUCAGCAGUGAGAAAUGGUUGUGCUCAGGAAAGAAACUUGCCAGACUUUUACAUUUACACCUCUGCCUCAUCUACUAGGAACCCCAGAGAAGUUAGAGAGAGAGCACAUCUGAAACCUCUGACCUCUGCCGCUCAAAAGACAGGUGGUUUUAACCCAAAAGCAUGAGUGAGCUGUAAACUGGAAAAUGUUCUUGGGGAAACAGGCCAAGGGAUAGGGCCUGGGUCAACUAAGUGUUACCAAGUUAAAGUGAAAGACAGUAAGCUGCUUUUUUCAGUUUUUGUCUUCUCUUUGCAGUUUUGCUAUUUUCUUGUGGCUUAGAAUGUAAGACCAGAUGUUCAGAUUUGUUCUCAAUAAAUAUUUAUCUUUUUUGCCCAUGAAAAAUGUUGAGUUGUGUGGAUUUAUCAGGUGGCCGUAGACAUGACAAUGUAAAUACAUAGCCGUUUCUGCAGGUGUGGAAUUUUGUAAUAGUGUUGUAAAAUGAUGUCUUUUUUGGAGACUUAUAACUAAAGUUGCCUGUGGGUAUAAGGAUAGAUACAGAGAAAACUGUUUGAAAUGACAUACCUUCAGAGAUGUUGCCAAAGAAGGAGUGCCUCUGGGUUCCCUAUUUCUUAGCCUCAUGUAUCAGGCUAGGUUAAUACACGGGGCAUUAUUUUUCAUCAUUUCAAUGAUAUAUGUUUCUUUUAAUCUAAAAAAUUGAAAUAAUCAGUCAUGUCUGUGGGAAACAAGGAUAUAAUAACCUAGGAUAUGCUAAGUCCUAACAAGCUUUUACAUUUGAAGGUGGUACAUUUAUCAAGUCUGCCAUGAUGUUUUUCAAUGUGUUAGCUGUGAUUUCUCUAUGAACAGCAUAUGAUGAAGAAGAGUAAAAUAAUAUCUAUAUUAGUGGUUCACGAUCCUGUUUCAAAGAACAAAACAAGGUAAAAAUUAGUUUAAAAACAAAUGUUCAAUAAGAACGAUGAUCAAGUGUAAUUUAAAGGAAUUUAGAAGUUUUCUUUAGAGGAGAUUCCUCACCAUUGAUCACUUUUAGUAUGUGUUGUGAUUAAAAGAAAAAACAGAUGCACUGGUUUAUGCUUAAAUUUUAUUUAACCAUUCCAAAAUAAAAUCUUGAACCUAAGUGAGUACAAGCACUGAUUCAUAAAUAUGGAAAGAUGACGAGUAGGUGCUUGGAUUAGGGAAAAUCUGUGUGUUUUUUGACAAAUAUCUCCUAUGUUAUAUAUUGCUUACUUGCUUCUAAUAAACAAAGCCUAGUAGAAGAGUCCAUCACCAUC